GGAAGCAAGCAGCUGGAACGCGGGGCUGGCGGAAAGGGUGGGCUCUUUAGGGGCGAGAAGUGGUGAAUCGAGUCGGACCCAGAGCACUGCAAUAAUGGAGCAAAGGUGCUCUGACCAUGGGCGAACAGAACUGGCUCCCUUGGACUAUUCAGGUCUAUGAGAUCCUUACCUAUGAGAUGAGGAACUUGAGGCACGUGACUUGCCCCAGGCCAUUUAGGCUGCCAGGGCAGGAGCUAGGUUUUCUGACCUCCACGCCAGUCUUUGGUCCCCAAUCUAAUGGCAGCUUCGGAUGGUUUGAUAGCAGACAAAUGCCUUUACAUCUAUGGCUGCUUGGGGCUUGGAGGGCUCCUGGUUGUGGCUCUGUCCGGCUGUGUGUGUUGGCUCCAUCGGAGAGUGAGGAAGCUGGAAAGGAGCUGGCUUCAGCACUGGCCCCAGGCCCAGCUCUCCGAGCAGGAACUCCACUAUGCAUCUCUGCAGAGGCUGCCCUGCUGUAAGCGGCCUAACCUUGGUGAUCCAGAAAGGGAAGGCUCCAAGGAGGACCCUAGCACUGACUAUACCUGCAUUGCUGAAAACAAACCCAUCUGAGCGCCCCAGACAUUGCCCUCAACAAAGGCGAGAGUCCUGUGGUUCGCCCAGCAGACCAUGGUCUUGAGGCCUCCCAUGUCUGACUUCUUCAGUCCAUCUCAAGCCAGCUGUUCAACAUGGCCACCAUAAAAACUUAAUUGACUCACCUUUCCGCCCACUCCGGGGUCAAGUAGUGAUUUAUUGGAUGAAGAAGGGUGUUUAGGGACCCAAGCUCCCCUAAAGGCCAGAAAAGAGUACAGUAGCCCCCGACCCCCCACCCCUUAUAUGCAGUUUUGCUUUCUACUGUUUCAGUUACCCACAGGCAGAAAAUAUUAAAUGGAAAACUCUAGAAAUAAACAAUUCCUAAGUUUCAA